AUGAACAAUCUUGUGGAAGGAGUUGCAAAAGCUCUCAAUGCUGAUCUUGUGAGCUUGGGGGUCUCGAUCGCGAGUCUGGGAGUCUUAUCCCAUGUCUCGAUCUUCCGCACACUGCCCGUGGAAGAAUACCUGCUGGGACUGCUUGGCUCGUCUCUUGUGGCGGUUCUGAUAAUUUGUCUUGCAUACUUAUUUGUCACGGGAUUGGCCGUCCUGCAGGUCCUGACGCGAGUGACUAUCAUUGUGUGCUCAUUCAAUGCCGGACUCGUGUCCAGCAUCGGAAUAUACCGACUCUUCUUCCACCGGCUCCGUCACUUUCCCGGUCCGAUACCGUCGAGAAUAUCACGCUUCUAUGAUGCAUAUCUUUCAGGGAAAUCGAUUCAAUAUAAUGUCGAGAUCGAGAAGCUCCACGACACGUAUGGAGACUUCAUUCGAACUGGUCCACGCGAGAUUUGCAUUGUCAGAAAGUCUGCUGUUCCAUUGAUCUUUGGACCUCAGUCGAAAUGUCGCAAAUCGACAUAUUACGCCCAAGCAUCGACCGAGCCUAAGAACUGCUCUGUGCACCAUACACGCGACAUCGAUGAUCAUCGCAGGCGCAGGAAGGCAUGGGACCGCGGACUUAGCAUCAAAGCUCUUGCAAUAUAUGAGCCCCGUAUCAAGGCCAAGGCGGACCAACUCGCCUUGCACAUUAACAAGACUUUAGGCCAGCCGAUCGAUGCCAGCGCCUGGGCGAUGUUCUUAAGUUUCGACAUCAUGGGCGCGGUCGGUUUCGGAAAGGAGUUCAACAAUCUGGGUACUGGAAUCGAACAUCCCGCGAUUAAAGGUGUCCAUGAUCACAUGGGUAUUCUCGGUGUCUUGGGCCAUGUCCCGUGGUUUUUGAAUCUUGCAAGUCGCAUUCCAGGCGCCGCAUCAGGGUACUCGAGUUUCUUCAAAUGGUGUGGGGAUGAGAUCGAGCGAAAGCAAAAGGAUUGGAGCGCGGAUGAGACACCCCAGGAUGUUGUUUCGUGGCUUCUGAAAGCCUAUGUGGAGAAGGAUGUAUCGGCCGCCCCAUCCGAGGCGGCUCUUCACGAAGAUUCGCGUGUCGUCAUUGUUGCCGGCAGUGAGACCACGGCUACGACCUUGGCAUCGGUGUUAUACUACCUGGUCAAGAACCCUGCGGUAUUGGCAAAACUGCAGCGGCAGUUGGAUGACGUUAUGCCAGCUGGGACGGACGACUGGUCGUAUGAGAAAGUCAAGUCUAUCAGCUAUCUCGAUGAUAUCAUUCAGGAGACGCUUCGCCUCCGACCGGCUGUCAUGACUGGGGGGUACCGUGUUACACCGGAGGAAGGUAUCACCGUCGACGAGGUAUACAUCCCGGGUGACGUGAAUGUUUUUGUUCCGGUUCAGUUGGUCCAAACCGAUGAGCGAUACUACACUAAUGCGAAAGACUUCAUACCCGAGCGAUGGAACGAGAAGAGAGAGAUGUGUACUGAUGGUGCCCCGUUCUUCCCUUUCGUACUCGGUCCCUAUAGCUGCCCAGGAAAGAAUUUAGCAAUGCUGAGCCUUCGAAUUUCUCUUUCUACCUUGGUGCAGUCUUUCAACAUUGGAUUCGCGCCUGGCGAAACCGGAGAGGCUUUUGAAAAGCAAACUUUGGAUACCUUCACUACUACUUUACCUUCGUUGCGAUUGGAGUUCCAACGGCGCUGA